UAUUUCUAUCAAGGUUCCAGAUGUUACUGACGCUGCUACCAAGGGGUCACAUUUUUGAGAACAUAUUAGACUUAAGAGUCUAGGAGCUACUAAAGGUUUGUGUAUCUCAGAAAGAUUCCCAGGCCUAAAGUAAUGCUGGGUAGGAAGGAGCUGCUUAAUGCUUACAGAUGAGACAGAGGGUUAGUGAAAAACUUUUACUAAUUUCCACUUAUGUAAGUAUAAUAAUUAAGACUAUUUUAAAAUACAUUUAUAUAAAAUAUAUAGUAAGUCUAUUAACAUUAAUGGUAACAUCAUAGAAUAUUAAAUAUAAAAACAGAUAAAUACAUUAUAUAUUUGGGACACCAAAUUAACUUCUUUCCUAGCAUAAUUUAAUAUUUAGGUGAUUGAAACCACUGGAAAUUAAGUUCUUUUUAAAGAGACUAAAGGAUAAAGGUCACCUUUUGGCUCUCUAAGCAGCAACAUGGCGGUGGGCAAGAACAAGGGCCUUAAGAAAGGUAGCAAAAAGGGGGCCAAGAGGAAAGUGGUUGAUCUAGUUUCUAAACAAGAUUGGUAUAAUGUAAAAACACCAGCUAUGUACAAUAUAAGAAAUACUGGAAAAACACUAGUCACAAGAACUCAAGGAACCAAAAUUGCAUCUGAAGGUCUCAAGGGUCGUGUUUUUGAAGUGAGCCUAGCAGAUUCAGAACAUCAACAGGCCUGCCAAAUCCAGAAGAUGAUGGAAACCUUGACCCAAGAGGUACAAACAAAUGACUUGAAAAAAGUGGUCAAUAAACUGAUUUCACGUAGCACUGGAGAAGACAAAGAAAAGGCUUGCCAAUCUAUUUACCCACUCCAUGAUGUCUUUGUUAGAAAAGUCAAAAUGCUAAAGAAGCCCAAGUUUGAAUUAGGAAAACUCAUGGAGGUUUACAGUGAAGGUAGCAGUUCUGGAAAAGCGACUGGGGAUGAGACAGGUGCUCAAGCUGAAUGAACCAAUGGAUAUAAACCCCACAGUCGAAUAAUCUGUUUAAAAUCCAGACAUUUAAUGGUGACUAUAUAAAGAACUUACACAACUCAAUACCAGGAAGACACACAAUCCAAUUUAAAAAUGGGCAAAGGAC